AUGCCUCAUUUACUUCCACUUUCUCACUUGCUGUCAAGGUCAAAGACAGUCUUGAUCAAGUUACAAAAUAAAAAAAAGAAAACGACAACAACGACAGCAGAUUACUUUUAUAAAAAAGGCAAUCGAUAUCUAUUUGGCAUAGACAAACAUACGAAAUCAGAACACUUGGCUUUUGUUUGUUAUGCCAAAGCAGCUUCUCUUGGACACACACGAUCAGAAGGAAUCAUUGGAUUCUGUUAUGAGUUUGGAAUAGGUGUCAAAACAGACUUUGUUCAAUCCGAAUAUCAUUAUCAGUUAGCCGCUAAACGGUACCAGGACGGUUUGAGUAUGGCACGAUUAGCCUUUCUUAGAAAAUAUGGACGUCCUAAUGUAAAGAUUGAUCGAGCAGAAGCCGAAGAGUGGACAGAACGUGUUAGGCAUCAGCCGAGUGCCGUCCAAUGGAUUGUGGAAGCAGCCACGUUGUAUCAUCACCCUGCUGCACAGUAUGCACUCGGUGUUUGCUAUCAUGACGGCAUUGCCCUUCAGAAAGAUGAGCAUGCUGCCUUUCAUUGGUAUAAGGCAAGUGCCGAGCAAGGUCAUGCACGUGGUCAAGGUAUCCUCGGAUACUGCUACGGCGAAGGCUUCGGCGUCAAGAAGAAUGAAGUUGAAGCAAUGAAAUGGUAUAGACUGUCUGCAAGUCAAGGUGAAACAGUGGCCAUUUAUAAUAUUGGAUACUGCUAUGAGGAAGGCAUUGGUGUUGAAAAAGAUGUGCACGAGGCAGUCAAAUGGUACAGACUGUCGGCUGAACAAGGAAAUGCCUUUGGUCAGAACUCUCUUGGCUAUUGUUAUGAAGAUGGUAUCGGCGUUAACGUCGAUUAUGAAGAAGCUGCCAAAUGGUAUAGGCUAUCUGCAGAACAAGGCUAUCCCUGGGCUGAAUGUAACUUGGGAUACUGCUAUCAAAAUGGCAUCGGUGUCGAAAAGAAUGAUGUCUUGGGUGCUUACUGGUAUAGAAAGGCUGCCUUACAAGGUCAUGCCAGAGCCCAACAUAACCUUGGAUUCUGUUAUCAGAAUGGUAUUGGUACAGAACGUAAUGAAAAAGAAGCUGUCAAAUGGUAUCGACGCUCUGCAGAAAGAGGCAAUAUCUUUGCUUAUCAUUCUCUUGGUUAUUGCUAUCAAAAUGGUGUUGGUGUUGACGUGAAUGAGCAAAAGUCGUUCUUUUGGUAUUAUUUAAGUGCAGAAGAAAAUCACCCACCUGCUCAGCUGUCUCUGGGAUACUGUUAUCGAAACGGUAUCGGUGUUGACAAGGAUGAAGCAGAGGCAGUGAAAUGGUUCAAAAAGAGUGCUGAACAUGGUAAUGCGCUUGCACAAAACUCACUUGGCUUUUGCUUCGAAGAAGGCAUCGGGCUGAAGAAAGACCCUGUACGAGCAGCUUAUUGGUAUCAUAAAUCAGCCCAGCAAAAUAACCCGUGGGCACAGUGUAAUUUAGGAUUCUGUUACGCCAAUGGAAUAGGAGUACAAAAAGACAAUACAAAGGCAGUCGAAUGGUAUCGCAGAGCAGCUGAACAGAAUCAUGCACGUGCAUUAGACAAACUAGGCAUGCAUUUUCAGCAUGGAUUAGGAGUUGAACGUAACCUGGAAGAGGCAUUCAAAUUAUUCAAGGCAGCAGCAGAACAAGAUCACAUCUCUGCACAGUAUCACUUGGGUAAUUGCUAUGAAAGAGGCAUUGGCUGUGAAAUAGACUUACGACAGGCCAUUUAUUGGUUUGAACGUGCUGCUUUGGCUGGUUGUCGUAGCUCACAUGAGAGGCUUCGAGUGCUGAUCGUCAGAGAAUGCUUUUUAUUAUCACCUGAUGGAGUAUCAAUGUCAUCUUCAUUGGCCAACAUUAAUGAAGAAGAUUUGAUUUACUGUGGAUUUAUCAUUGGUCACAGUGCUCCUGCUGCAUAA